GAUGGCCUUCCUAAUGAAAAGUAUGUUGAGCAACCAGGUAAAGAAUUUGGGACUUGGAGGUGGAGGGGAAGAAAGCAAAGAAGAAAGCACACCUUCUGACCCAGCAGCAGCUGCGGGAAUGACCAGAGAGGAGUAUGAGGAAUAUCAAAAGCAAGUGGUUGAGGAGAAAAUGGAGAGAGAUGCAGCAUUUGCACAAAAAAAGGCAGAGAGAGCCUGUCUGAGGGUUCACCUGAGAGAAAAGUACCGACUCCCUAAGAGUGAACUGGAUGAGAACCAAAUACAGAUGGCUGGAGAUGACGUGGGUUUGCCAGAAGACCUUCAGAAAAUGGUGGCAGAAGAUCAGGUGGAGGAAGAGGACAAGGACUCUAUCCUGGGACAGUUGCAGAACAUUCAGAAUAUGGACAUGGACACAAUCAAAGAAAAGGCUCAAGCUACCUUCACAGAAAUGAAGCAGGCUGCUGAGCAGAAGUGUUCUGUGAUGUAGAAGAGAUGCCGCCUGUGAGCAAAUUCCACCUUGUCUCACGGGGGCUGUGGGGUGAGGGCCAGCAGAGAUUGCCACUUAGCUCUGCGGCAGUAAAUGUAAAUAUAAGGGACAGAGAGAGAGAGAGAGACUGGAAACUCCAGAUGGUCAAAAUUUAGGUCCUGUGACUGCUUAGUGCUAAGUUAGAACUGAUCAUCAUUUUGUUAACAAAAUAUUUUUCCCCAUGGAAAAAAAUGGCUUAAUAAGCAACUAUUUGGGAAAGAAGUGCCUUUUUCUUUUUUUUUUUCCCAAAAAGUCAUCAGAAGUGUUACUAAAUAUGUUUUUAACCAAAAUUGUGCUUCUGAUGCACAACAUAUCUGUUAUCA